AUGGUCACCGAGUCCCCAUCGACCAGCUCCCCUGAAAGGGUGGAGGAGGACUCUAUGCCCUUUGAGGAAAGCGAGAAUGAAAUGGACGAACAAAAGUUUCUCGAAAAGUGGACUUAUAACAUCCGCUCUGAUUUCACGUCCUCGUCGGGCAUGCCGGCCACCUGGGCUGCCGGUCAUCCCAAGCACUGGGGGCAAGAGAAGGCGAAAGUGCGCCUCGAUGGCGACGCCACCACGCCUACCCUGAGCCCCGAUGAUCAGUUCGUCGCGGUGGGGAUCGGAAAGGAAAUCCAGAUCUUCCGUGUGGGAACCCAGGAGCGAGUCGAGGUGUUGCACGGACAUCCCGGGGAGGUCGUCACCGUCCUCUUCGCGCCGGGCUUGGUCCAGGGCUCCUCAGGUAACGCGCGAUAUCUGUUGGCAUCGCAGAGCGAAGAAGAAGGCGUGGUGGGUGGGUUCAUCAUGAUCUGGGGGCUGGACCACAACGGGAGGCAAGUGUCUUCUUCUUUGACGGGCAAACCAGAACAAUCACCAUCAUCGUUCGAUGUGGACAGUCCCGCAGCAGCAGACGGCAGCUUCCACCAGUUUCCGGGCGAACUGGGCUCCUUCGGGAGUCCGAUUUUCAGUCCCGACAGUAAAACCAUGGUGUAUGUCGUUCCGAACAUCACGAUCCAUGCCUAUAGUCGUGAAUGCCAGUCCCAACCCAGUGUCAAUCUCUGGGAUGUGGAGAGCCGAUCCCUUCGACAUGAGCUCCGCGGCCACACCGAUGCGGUCAUGUGGAUCGGGAUCAGCCCGGAUGGCUCGCUGGCUGCCUCCAUCUCGUGGGACGGCACCGCCCGGAUCUGGGAUAUCGGCUCCGGCGACGCCGUCCACAUCCUCGGGCCCUUGGAUGGCCAACUCUGGUGUGGCGCCUUUUCCCCGGACUCCAAACAUCUGGCCGUGAGUCAGGGAGAUCCGGCCUCGAUCUAUAUCUACGAUCUUACGACGGCACAGGCGAUCUCUCGGCUCGAGAUCCCCACCUGGAUGCGCUCCAUGGCCUGGAGUCCGGAUGGGGCCUUAUUCGCGGGGGGGCUUGAGAAUGGCACACUUGGCAUCUGGGACCCGUACGCGGGGAUGAAACAACUCCAGCUAUGGUCGCUGGGAUUUGAGGAUGAGAUGAUGCAAGACUAUGCGACUAUUGAAGGCGUGCGGUUCAUCGAUGGAGGGCAGAAGCUGAUGUUCCGGAUACUAGAGGGAACCGUCGAGGUGUAUGAUUUCAAGACUAAUACCAAACAGCAGUUUACUCGGAGUGCCGAUGAUAAGAUCGCCAAAUGUCCUCGCGGAGAGAUGGUCUGCUCAAAGGACUCCAGGCUUCUUGUUGUUCCCGAUGUUGACGGAGCCUUGCGCUUGUGGAGUCUCUAG